AUGUCAAAUCGAGGCGGACGAGGUAGCAAUUGCUACAAGUGUGGUGAACCUGGACAUUUGGCUCGAGAUUGCUCGCAAUCAAAUGCUGUUUGCUAUAACUGUGGUAAUGAAGGACAUUUCAGAAUUAACCUUGCAGUAAAACUCAGUCGUGACUGCAAAGAAACUCAAAAAGAAAAGAAAUGUUAUUCUUGUGGAGCAUCUGGACAUUUGAGUCGCGACUGUUAUUCGGGAACGUCAAGUGAAUGCUACAAGUGUGGCAAUAGAGGACACACGUCUCGGAAUUGCGAUGCUGACGACAUGUACGGAGAUAAUCACAAAUCGGACUAUCGUAGCACACGCGGGUCUAAUCCUGAAUGCUACAAAUGCGGAAAGUCAGGACACAUAGCUCGUAAUUGUGAAAAUUAUAGUGAAGAAGAAUGUUAUAGAGCGGGUCAUAUUGCGCGUUAUUGCAGAAGUGAGGAUUACAAUGCUGGAAAAGCUUGCUACAUCUGUGGGGUGAUUGUUCGAGAUCUCAGAAAUGCUUCAAUUGUGGUCAACACGGGCACCGAAGCCGAGAUUGCAAUCAGGCACAAGGCGCCAAAGUUUGUUAUAAUUGCCAACAGGAAGGUCAUAUCCGUAAAGAAUGUCCAGAAGUUAGCGCAUGAUGUCGAAAAUUUAUAA